AUGUCCCCGUCCAAGGGGAGAAACAUCCACGACGACUUCCAAAACCGAAAGAGAGGCAAGAUGAUCUCAACACGGAUCCUCAUCAUCUCGGACACGCAUGCCCAACUGCCUUUGCCAGCCGAGGAAGGGUCUCCAGUGCCAUUCCGCUAUCCACUCCCCUCCGCUGACGUGCUUAUCCACUGCGGUGAUUUCACCUUGAACGGCAAGCUCUCGCAGCACGAAGCAGCCGUGGAACUGCUCAGGUCUACCACCGCGGACCUGAAGAUCGUGUACCGCCGCUUUCCCGACAAGUACGCCGACUAUGGACCCUACUCGGAGCAAACCCUAGACAGGAUCCGCGAGCUCUAUACCAGUCCGCAGGCCAAGGAAGCCGGAAUUCGAUAUCUCGAGGAAGGCGUUGCAGGGUUUGAAUUGCGCAACGGCGCACGACUCACCGUCUACGCCAGUGCUUAUCAGCCCGCGUUUUGCGACUGGGCGUUCGGAUACCCGCGAAGCAUCGACAGAUUUAACCUGCGUCCGGGAGGCGGAGGCGGGCCAGAGCAUCCUGUCCCGGAUCACGGCGACAUCGAUAUCAUGAUCACGCACGGCCCUCCGAAAGGCAUUCUGGACAAGGUGUGGCGGGGCGAGAAUGUGGAUGGACCAAACGUGGGCUGCGAGCAUCUUCGCCGCGCCGUCGAGCGGUGUCGACCUCGGAUCCACUGCUUCGGACACAUCCGCGAGGCUUGCGGCGCCGUCAUGAAGAGGUGGAAUGCCGUGGAGGUUGCUGGGCCGGAGCAAGUCUGCGCGGAGGAAGAUCCACCGUCGUUGACUUUUGCUGGCGAUGGAACAGGGGGAUGGGAGGACAACCAAAAGGACGGUUCCGCCGCGAAGUCUGUCGCGGGACUUGGACCACUGCACUCGACCACCACCGAGAGAAGAAGGCAGCCGAAGAAGGUCCAAGAAGAAGGCGAGCCAGAAAUACUCCCAUCCCUUUCGAACCUGACAGCGUCGUCCAAAUCCCGCCCAGUCCCGCCGUAUCAUCCCUGCACAAACCCAAGCAGCUACUACAUGUACGCGCACCAACUCCAGCAGCACGACAAUGCCGGUGAAACGCUCCUCCUGCCUGAUCCAUACGAUGACCAAGUGCGACGGAAGUGCAUAGCCGUCGACGUGCAAGGUUUGAACUUCGGCAGGGAGACACUGUUUGUGAACGCGAGCAUCGUGAAUCUCAGAUACAAGCCGUUGAAUGCGCCGUGGGUGGUGGACGUCAUGUUGCCAGAGGCUGCUGGGGGCGAGCACCGGACUGGACUAGGUGCAAAAAAGGCGACGUUGAGUUCAGGAGAAUAG